GUCCACAAUGGUGACGUCUACCAUAUCAUGAUGGCGGUAGCCUGGACUAUUUUGAAUUCCGUCCCGCUAUUUGAACAAUUCAAUAGCUGUAGUAUGUAAAAUGUGCUAUUAUUCUGGGGAUAACACUCGAUAAGUGAAGCUCUAUCAUGGACUCCGUCGUGGGGGCCGAUUUGACGCUCCCCGUUGACAUUAACGGAAGCUGCAGACUGCCAGACUCCAUAGAUGCUGGAGAGUUUUCCAUGGACAGCAUGACGGCUCCAUCCUUCCCUGACAAGAUGUCCCCAAUCAAAGCUCUCACCAUGAAGGACUAUGAGAAUCAAAUCACAGCUCUGAAGAAAGAGAACUUUAACCUGAAGCUGCGCAUUUACUUCAUGGAGGAGCGCAUGCAGCAGAAAUGUGACGACUCCACUGAGGACAUUUUCAAAACGAACAUUGAGCUUAAGGUGGAGCUGGAGUCUAUGAAGAGAGACCCUGGCAGAGAACAUGAACUCCUCGUGUCUGCAUCGAAAGCGUUGGAGAGUCUUGCUGGUCGAGAAUCCGGAGAACCCCAGCGUGUGAAAGAGCACGCUCGGAAAGAGAUGGAUGCACUUAGAGAUGCAUUCAACAAAAGGAUAGCUGACUUAGAGCAGGGUUGGUCUUCACUAUGUCUGAAAACGGCUGAGGAAGAGGUUGACAAGAUGGCAGCCAUCGCUGAGCAGGAGAAGCUGAAGAAUAUUAACAUGGAAAAGCAGCUCCAAGCCCUGGGUCCCCUCAGCAGCUUCCCCCCCGGGACUAGCCAAGCACAAGACCUGCAGCAGGCUCUGCAGGAAAAAGACAGUGUCAUUGAGCAGCUCAAGAUUACUUUAAAGAACCAGGAAGCUGCGAUCCAUCAGAAGAAAAGUACAGACCAAGAGACAGAUCAACCGUCAGCUGACAGUUUCAAACAUCUUUCUGAUCUCAUAGCCGAGAAAGAUCAGGAACUUGAGGCACUGAGGGACAUGCUACACAGGGACAAGGACAAAACAACUCCGGACUCUCAGAGUGAGGUUCGGCGAGUGGAGUCCUACAAUAAGCUGCUGACUGAAAAGUUCACCCAGGCACAAAGCACCAAUAAUGACCUGAGUAAAACACUGGAGGAAACCCAGAAUCAGAACAAGGUCCUGUUAGGGAAGCUGGAGGGGAAGGAGAAUGAGCUCAACUCUGAGAAGAAAAAUGCUCUAAAGCGAGACAAAACCAUCCAGGGAUUUACUCAGGUUCUGAAAGAAAAGGAAAAAGAGAUUGCAGAGCUGUGUCAUGAGAUUGAGGACAGGGACGAUGCUCUGGCCAAGGCUAGAGAAGCAGCACAUAAAGCCCAACUGCAGAAAUACCAGGGAGUAGAAGAGCACCAAAAUCUGUUAAUGACGAAGCAAACGGAGCUCGCCCAACUCCAGGGGGAACAUCACGCCAAGGUGCUUGAGGCCCAAAAGCUGCAGCGGGGCCUGGACAGGAAGGAGCAAGAGCUGGCUGACCUGCAGCAGGCAAAGGACCAGCUAGAGUUGGAACUGGAGGACCUGCAACAGCACAAGAAGAAGGGGGACAAGGCCCUGAAUGAUCUGAACAAUCAGCUGAAAAAGCUGAGCAGUGAGAUUGGAGACAGAGAGAGUGCUCUGGAGCAGCAGUACCAGGAGCUGCUGGAUCAAACCCAAAGAAAAGUGCAAUCCCAUGAGGUCACCAUCCAGCGGCUCACAUCCUCUCUGGCUGAUAAAGAGCAGCAGCUACAGGAGUACAUAAACAUGGUCAGAGAUUUUGAACAAAGUAAAAGCCCAGGAGGAAACGACAAUGUGCUUUCCAAGCUGCGGCAAAGGCUGAAAGAAAAGGAGAAGGCUCUGGAGCAAGCGCUGGAUGAGAAGUUUGCUGCCAUAGAGGAGAAAGACAAUGAGAUACACCAGCUGCAGCUGUCUCUCAGGGAGAAGGAGAGAGACCUGGAAAGACUGAACAACUUGCUCUCUCACAACGAGGAGACCAUCGAUAGUUUUGACAGUCUGGUCAAGGAGAAGGAUGUGGAGCUGCAACACCUUGCAAACACACUGAAGAACCUGCAGAGAGCAAAACAAGAUGUAGAAGACAACUUGAACAGAUCACUGAGAGAGAAGGACUCCAUCAUCAUUCAGCUGCAGCUUUCUUUGGAGGGCAAGACAAAGGAUAUGGAUGACAUGGCCGAAUCCAUGCUGAGCCAGUCGCAGACUAAUGCUCGUGACCUUGCUGAACAGAUGGGCCAGAGGUUAAAGGUCACAGAAGCAAUGUUGGCUGAGACUGUGGAGGCCAGGGCAAGGCUGGUCGCUGACAACGAGAGUGCUGUGGAGGGACUGUUGGCUACAAUCAGGAGCAAGGACCAGCUGCUCAAGGAGUCUGCAGAGCACUACAACCGCAUGCUGUCUGAGCGCACUCAGGAGAUCCAGGAGCUGAGGAGGCAGCUCACUGACAUGCAGCAGAAGCUUGCCACUGCUGAGAAGCAAAGCUCUACAGCAGCCCAGGAGAGUCAUUUAGACACUGCAGGGCUCAGAGCCAUGCUCGCUGAGAAAGACAGCCUCAUCAACAAGCUUCUACAGCGUGGUCAGGAGAUGGAUCAGUUUGUGGUAGAUUUGAGACAGAAGGAGGAGUCGGAACAUGUGUUGGAGCUCAGACAUACCAUCCAAAUCAUGCAGGAGAAGAUGGUUGACGGGGAAGCUGAGCUGUCCAGGAGGAACAGUGGGGAUAAUAUGGAGAACGUUCUGCAUUCCAAGAAGACAGUUGUCGUCCUGAAGAAGGAGCUUGCACAGAAAACUGAGGCACUGAAUAAAGCACUGAAGCGGGAAAAUGAACUGAAGAUGUCUUUGGCAGAUUUACAGUCAUCACUGUCUGAGCUGGAGGGUCGUUACGAAGGUCAGGCUGCUAAUGUGGAGUCCCUGACUGCAACUCUGAAGACCAAGGAUGAGAUUAUUGAUGCUCUCCACCAGCGCCUCGGGCAAAGAGGGGAAAAUGGGUCUGAUCAGACCCAGGAUCAGAUGGUUAGCUCGGGCAUGGAGAGGUCACUGCCUGAGCUCCCUCAGAGAGGGAGGACCAUGAUUGGAGGAGAUAGCCAGCAAGAAACAUUGCCUAGCCUUACAGCCUUGCAACAGCAGCAUGACUCUCUGAACAAAGCGCUGAGAGCCGAGCAGCAGCUCUACUCCAGCCUCGUCAAGACUGUAAAGGAGCAGGACAGCGCUCAGCGUCUCCAUGCUCUGCAGUUGGAGCUGACAGCAGUGCAGCUCCUCAGGCAGCAGCUGGAGGAGGGCAUCACAACUAAUGAGGAGCUCAGGGACGAUCUGGAGAGGGAGAUACACAGAGCCAAACUCGGAGAAGGUAUGGACCUGGUUGAUCCUAAAGAGCUGGAGAGCAUGAGACAUCAGCUUGAAGAUGCUCAGCGCUGGAAUGCCUCUCUGCAGGCCCGCCUAGGAGCCAUUCAGAGCCGUGGAGGAGGGGUCGGUGGGGCCACUGAUGGUGGGGAAACGUUGAGUUUCAUUGGAGAUCAGACUUCCUACAUGAGUAUCUGUGUGGGAGAGGAGCAUGAGGACAGCUUGUCUCAGCUCUCCGCACAAGAGCUCAAGCAGAAGGUGAUGGAGCUGCAGGAUUCCAGCAGCAGACUUCAGACUUUAAACAAUGAGCUGCAGAACCGACUGUCAUUGUUGGAGAAGUCGGGCCAAGACGCUUACGCCAAGGAAGACAAAGACGUGGCCAGCAGCAGCAGCAGCAGCAGCCCAUUAAAACAGCAGCCUGAGAAGACGCAUGAGAUGCAGCCUGUGGCUCACAGUAACAGGACGCAUCUCUCCAGUCAGGAUAAACAGAGUCAGACAGACAUCAAAGUAGGACAGAUGUUGUCUGGAAAGCUGUUGGGAGAUUUUAGUCUAGACAGUGGCCUUGGCCAGAGUAGAGAGCAUGCUCACUCUGGCAUCUCCACUUUGGACACUGAAGAGAGACACUCCAGGCAGAGUAACACCGAUGUAACGGCACUUAAAUCCUUGCUGACUAAUUGUGGGGCUGCGUCAGUCUCACACCUCAGAGAGGAGCUGCUCAGACUUCGAUCAGAAAAUACGGAGCUGCGGGGUCUCCUUAAGGAACAGAAAUCUACUGAGAGUAAAGAGAAAGCAAGCACAGACGCCUCAGGGAACAGCAGUGACGGACAGGCUGAAUUGAGAAGGAGUCUGGAGAAACUGCUUGCCGAGUCAAAAGGUCGCCCUAAGGUCAUCAAUCUGUCAAAGGAGGAAGGAGGGAAGAAGUCUAAGGAGAUGUCGUAUAGGAAGACCCCUCUAACUCCUGAGCCGACUGUCAGCAGCAGUGAUGGGAUGGAGAGUUCACCAACUAAAGGCCAGACAUCACACAGCAGGAGUGCAAAGCAGCAUGUUGCACGGCAUGGGGAAGGUGUUAAGUCUCGCCUCCCGGUCCCUGUGAGGCUGAGGGUGGAGGCUAGCAGCAUGCAGUCUGUGAGCUCUGACCAGCCUAAAACUGACUCACUUGAGCACCUUCAGUUGGAUGGUGUAUAUGCGUUUGAUCAGCAACUGCAUGCAGAAUCUGACGCCCCCCUGUCACCCCAGCACAGCACUUCCCCUUCUUCCACGCUCAGAUACAAACAUCAUACCGGCAGUCCAGUGGGAUCAGACAAAGGCUCUGAAACAGGAGCGACACCGGAUCAUUCCCGGGCUGACUCUGCUCUUUUCUCUCAGCUGGAGCUUCUAAACCAGGAGUGUCAAGAGAAAGAGAUGCUGAUCAACAAGCUAAGUGAGCAGCUAGCGGAUUGGGAGGAGCUCCACGCUCAGAUCCAGGAAAAGGACAGACUUAAUCGCCAGUACGUGGAGGCCUUACAGGCUGCAGAAUCCACCAUCUCCUACCUGACCGCCUGCAGUCUGGACAGCCAGGGAGGAUUUGGGUCGCUCACCAGUCCUGCAAGCUCAGAUUCUGCCCUUUACAGCAGGUGCGUGGAGCUGCAAAAAGCCCUACAGGAGAAGGAGGAGCUCAACAAGCAGCUCAUAGAGCUUCUGAACAUGGCGGAGAAAGCCAUCAGCUCAACUGAUGGACAAGAAAAUAUUCCAGAAAUCAGCGAUUUAUGUUUGAAGAUAGAGACGGCCUUGCAGCAGGGGAACAAAUCUUCAAAUAGGCCUAGCCUAAGAGGUGUUACUGGAGGCACAGAGGAAUCUAUGCAGGCGUUGCAACAACACACAGACUCUUUGCAGGAGGCCCUGUGGCAGCAGAAUAGGCUUAAUGCAGAGCUGCAGGAACAACUGAGAGCUGCAGAGGCUGCUGCUCAACAUAGAUACAACAAUGAGCAGGAUGCUAAAUGUUCAAGGCAGCAGACAGCAGCAGAAUCACUUUACGAAAAGCAGACAAGGGGUCAUCCAUUUGAAAUGGGUAGUUCAGAUGUUAGUUUAAAUCAGGAGACGACCAAAGUCCUGAUGAACUGCCUGAGUGCAGCAGAGUCUGCUGUUGCCUCUCUGGCAGCACACUGUACAAACAGCAGCUUCUUGGCCUCUGGUAGAUCAUCACAGACCAGCCCUGAAGUGCAGAUUCAUUUAGACAAACUUCAGAGAGCCCUGCGAGAGAGGAAGGAGCUGGGGGAACUGGAUCAGCUCAGUGUCAAUCAGUCACCUCGAAAAAAGGGACAGCUCCACCCAGAGCUGCAUAACAACAUCUGCCGCCUCUAUGAGGUGUUCAGUGAUCACUGUCAGAGAAUCUCUGAACUCCAGGCCUCCCUAAAAUCAGAGAGAAGCCGUAAAGAGGACGGUGACGUCCACAGGAUGCUGCCGGACGCCAGCAGUUUACCACCCAGUGUUCAAGUGCAGCUGGAGACUCUGCAUAAGGCGCUGAGGGAGAAGAAGAAGGCGUGUAAAAGCCUGGAGGAGAAACUGGCUACUGCUCUUACCUCCCCGGAAACAGCAAGGAGAGCUCUGGAGCAGGAUGACAAAGGCGUGCAGGUGGAUUUGCAGGACCUGGGUUACGAAACCAGUGGCAAGAGUGAGAACGAUAGGGAAGAGAGCAGUAGCACAGAUCUAGAGGUUGGUGUACACCCCAGCCGCAGCGCCUCCAACCUGCCCUCCCCACGCGAUCAGGCCACGUUUUCCUCCACUGAGAACCUGGACUCCACCUCCAGCACCCCAUACCCCAGCUCCCCCGCUCUCAGCUCUGCCAAGUUCAGUCUGAAGAGCCUGCAGGUCUAUGAUGACUACGGUGUUUCUAAGGACCCUCUGCAGCUCCAGGCACAAGUCAGAGAGCUAAAGGUCCAGCUGGAAAACCAGACCAAACUCAUCCUGCAGAUGCAAAGUCUUCUGCGUAGAAACUCUCUCUCCAGUGACCUAGUUUCCAGCCCCCCUGAUCCCACGACCAUCAGGGAUCAAGCAAUGAUACACGGAGAGGACAAGAGCCGAGAAAUGAGCUACAGAAGUGGGCAGCUACGGGAGAAAAAGGAGGGUGAGAACCAGGCGAUGAAGGAUAAAAGCAGCCUCCUGAAUAUGGGACUGGACAGAGAGAGGGCUCUGAACAGAAGCACAAAUGAGCAGCAGCAGUCCCGCAGCCGCUCCACCUCACCUGCAAGACUGGACUCCCUGGUGCAGUCGCAGGCCAGGGAGCUGUCCCAGCUGAGGCAGCAGAUUAAGGAGAGCCGCCGGCUGGGAGCCCUGCAGCGCCUGCAGCUGGACCAGCUGAGCAAGGCCUUCACGGAGCUGCUGCAGGCCAGCGAGGUGGACUUCUACAAGGGGGAGGCGGUCAAAGAGCAGCUGGAGAAGAGCCUGAGCAUCCUGGACAGGCUGGAGGGACGUCUGGACAAAGGAGAGUCUCAUCUGGACAAAGAGGACGUGGCAGCCCUGGAACUGUCUCGCAGGUUGGCGAAAGAGCUGCAGGAGAAGAACAGUCUGAUCCAGAGUCUGCAGAGCCAGGUCAGAGGUCGAAGUCCCAGCAGCCACCAGGGCUCUCACUCUGACCUGUUCCACUCAGACAGAACCUCCUCCUGCCACAGCAGCCCGACUCCACCCAGUGGCAGUCGCUCCCAAAGCCAGAGGCAGCUCUCUGAUUGGACGGGAGCAGCUGUUGUAGGCGGAGCUCAGGAGGACUCUGUCAGCAGACUGCAGGGCCUGCACCGGGAGAACGUGCGACUGCAGGAUCGGCUGAGGGGCAGCGAGGAUCUGAACGCCACGCUGCGCAGUGAACUGGACCUGCAUCGCUCCAUCAUGGCCCAGAGCAGCUCCCACCACCAGGAGCCGGAUCAGAGCCGGGAGCCGGAUCAGAGCCGGGAGCCGGAUCACAGCCGGGAGCCGGAUCACAGCCAGGAGCGGGAUCACAGCCGGGAGCCGGAUCAGAGCCGGGAGCCGGAUCACAGCCAGGAGCGGGAUCACAGCCGGGAGCCGGAUCACAGCCAGGAGCGGGAUCACAGCCAGGAGCCGGAUCACAGCCGGGAGCCGGAUCACAGCCGGGAGCGGGACGGGUCAGGACCGCAGGCAGACCAUAAACCAGGAGAAGACCUGGGCUCACAGAGGAACGCUGCUGAUCAGCCUCGCACCAUGAAUUCAGACCUGCUGGCAGAGCAUCUUCAGGAGAUCCGCGCACUGCGGCAGCGUCUGGAGGAGAGCAUCCGCACCAACGACCGCCUCAGGGAGCAGCUGGAGAAGAGACUGGCAGAGGUGGAGAAAGACCCAGCAGCCACCAACAUCUUCAUCCACGGCAACGAGGAGCAGGGUCAGCUGGCCAAUGAGGUGCGCUUCCUCUGGGGACAAAACCAAACCCUGAAAGACCAGCUCAGCCUGGGCUCACGAGACAAGCAGAAGGAGAAUGAGAAGCUACGGGAGACUCUGGCCAGGCGCACGGCCAAACUGGAGCAGAGCAGGAGGGAGUGUGAGGCUCUGAGGCAGGAAACCAGCCGCCUGCAGGAGAGGCUGGAGCUCAGCAGCCAGGAGAACUCCCAGCUGCAGGAGUCCCUGCACUUCAGCAAGGAGGAGCUGCACAGGUUUCAGUGUGAAGUAAAGCUCCAGAGGCAGCAGCUGUCUGACUCUCAGCACCUCCUUCAGUCACUACGAGUAGAGCUGCAAGUUUACGAAAAGAUCAAGACUGAAGAUCGUAAACACAACGCUGAACGCAGUGAGGGGUCCCAGGAGCCCGCCCCCCUCCCGCCCUCCGGCUCGCUGGACCUGAGCGAGCUGCUGCUGGAGAUCAGACACCUGCGUCUGCAGCUGGAGAGGAGCAUCCAGACCAACACCGCCCUGAGACAGAGGCUGGAGGAGCAGCUGCUCCGAGGACCCCACCGCUCUGAAACCAUCAACAUCAACUACCUGCUGUCCUCCCCAGAUGAAGGAGGCAGGUCACCAGGUCGUGAUGGCUGCGAUCCUCUCCGUCACUCAUUUCAGAGUCACAACGAACACACCAGUGUCCUCCAUGAAGAGAAACGUGGCUCUCACUCGGAGGUGGAGGGGGGCUCGUUCAGCAGCAGCUCUGGGGACAGCGCUCCCGCUCGCCUGGUGCCCGGCCACCGCAUGUGGGCCAAUCGUAGCGGCCGCCAUAUUCUGGGUCUUAUUGAGGACUACAACGCCCUCCGUAAGCAGAUCUCAGAGGGACGGAAGCUGUCGCGCAGCAUGGACGCACACCUGCAGGAGAGCCUGCACACACUCACACAGCAGGGCUCCGACAACAAGGUCGAACAGCAGCAUCUGGAGAGUUUCUCGGGCAGCGUGAACACCAUGCUGCAUGUGAUGGAGGAGGCGGGACGGAUGCUCAAACUGGUGUGGAGGGUCUCUCUGCCAGCAGGGGGCGGGGGCAACAACCAGCAGGAUGAGCUUCUGAAGAGCGAGAUAUCCAGGCUGAAGAGCAGGCUGUCCCAGCAGGAGAGGAUGCUGAGCGGAGCGGUGAAGCGCCUCCGAACAACCAACCAGCUCAAAGAGGGGAUGGAGCGAGUCAUCAUCGAUCAGCUGUAUCUAACCCACGGAGUGUUGAAGAAAGCCAGAGGAAAUUUAGAGACAAAUUACUGCUCCCUAAUUGGGCUGAAAGGCCUGUCUGGAGGGCCAGACGGAGGAGGUCCCAGUGAAUGGCCAGUAGGGGGCGCUGCAGGCCCACACUCUGAGUCCUCAGAGGAGCACAGUAGUGACGCCUCUGUACACUGCAGCUACUAAACCUGCUCUUAUGACGCAGCUUCCUGCCUUUCUGCCCUGCUGUCAAACUGGCACCUUAUCUCCUCGAGCAAAGCCUUUUUGUACUUUCACAGGAUUGACCUAUAGAUUUAUUUUAGGUACUGAAGUUGUAAAAUGUUUUUAAAAGAGAAAUCCACUUUGUAAAUAGUCAUUCCUGCAAGUUAAAUAUGUGUUUUCUUUUAUAUGAUGCAUAUAGAACAUGAAAGUGUAUUUUAUUACUGACUUGUUGUUUCUAUCGGCCAGUGUGUAUAGGAUGGUUUGAAACGUGUGUUCAAGGAAUUAUGUGCAAGUAAAGAAAAUAAUGGAAUGAAA